AUAUUGAAGUAGAACCGAUUCCUGAGUCACCUGAACAUACAUGUGCGCUGUCUAUGCGGCAUUAAAGACUAAACCUGAUGCGACCAAUGCGUCUGUGUACAUCUCUCUGUCUGAACACGACCAGGCUCUAUUUAAACGUCAUAGAUAAUAAUAAUAAUAAUACUAAUAAUAAUAAUAAGCAGCUUGAAGGAGACUGUAUUGUUUGAGGUUUGACUGGACCUUCUGCCAUCAUGUCGACAGAUAAACAAAGUCUUCCAGAAGAGAACCUGCAAGGCUCUUGGGUGGAGCUGCACUUCAAUAACGGAGCUGGAGGGCCUCCUAAAGCAACAGUAGAGGAUCAGGCUCCCUCUGGAGACAUGGAGAAGAUGCUGCUGGACGCUCAGCACGAGUCUGGCAGGAGCAGCUCCAGAGGGAGUUUACCCUGUGACAGUCCUCCAAGGUCCCAGACUCCUUUGCACUUGAGCAAAGGAUCAGAGAUCCACAGCUCAGCAGAGAAAAACAGCUCACAGUCCGAUGAAGACUUUCUGGAGAGGAGGAAAGAGGUCGACAACCUCAUGAAGAAAAACGCUGACUGGAUAUGGGACUGGUCGAGUCGACCCGAAAACAUCCCACCCAAGGAGUUCUUGCUGAAGCAGCCAAAACGCUCCAGCACCAUGAGUAUCAGAAACACGAGCGUGAUGAAGAAGGGAGGAAUCUUCUCUGCUGAGUUCCUCAAAGUCUUCCUACCUUCUCUCAUCGUCUCUCACAUCCUCGCCGUGGGGCUCGGCGUGUACAUCGGACGGCGCAUCACUACUUCCUCCAGCACGUUCUGAUGGAGAACCCACAAACCCGGUCUCCGGCUGCUCCUUCGCCACCUCACCAUCUUUGCUGCUUUGUCUUAAAUCGGUGUUUCAGUAGAUCCAAAUAAGUCAGGACCGCUCGAGCCGUUUCCACUCGCGGGGCGGGUACCGUGCUACACCGCCUUCAUCCCACUCUCUUCGUGUAUUCCCCUGGCUCGCACUCUCUUACAGUCCCACCUGCACUGGGAGGCCAUUUUAGAUCUGUAGACAGAGUAGCGUUAUCUGUGCUCCACCUUCAUCAACCUAAUUUCUUGUUCAGAUAGAGAAUCUGAAAUAGCAGUCAUGUGAAAUGUAGAUGUAAGGAAUUAUACUACAUCAUGAAGAGUUUAGCUCUGGCUUAGGACCUGUAAAUACUUCAUGAGAGAGUGGGUGAAAAGGUAAGAAGAUCAGACUGUACAGGUUUCAACGAGAUUUUGCUAACAUAAUGGAACAGCACAGCUUUUGAUAAAUCAUAUCAGAUGAAACAAAUGCCAAAAAUUAUAGCAGCAAUCACUCAUUUAUGAGAAAGAGAGUAGGUCUGUUUGCUGAGUACAAAUCAGAGUGAAGUUUAUGCUUUUGGUUCACUUUUAGUUUGAUUUGAGUUCACAAUGCACUGAAGAACACGAAUAAAAAAGCGAUAAAUACUCAAAUUCACGUGAAAACUCAAAGAAAAAGGGAAAGAAACUUAACUGAAAGUGAAAAGCACAGCACAGAGAAAGUGUGAAAUUAAUCUAGAAAUUUGAUAAUUAUAAAAUAGCAAAAUUGUUUCUUGGUAGAAAUUUCUAGAACUUAACAUUUCACCUUUGGUCCACAGCUCAGUGUAGCACCCAAAAUAAAAAAGGCAGCUGCACACUACUCCAAGUAUACUACAAGUUUGAUUCACUUCCUGCAAUCGAACUACACGAGCGUAUGUGGAAACGCCUCAGUCAGACGGCUUGCCGUGGUCCGAUACCCUGUAUACGGUGGUUGUGUAAAGAUGUAAAGUUUAGAGUUCAAUUCAAACAGAGUAAACGGCACACACAUCAAAGCGCUCGACCCCAGCGAUCAAGCUGAUGCGUUCUGAUAAGUGUAUUAUAUUUAUUGUGAGAUCAUGUCACGGUAAUCAAACCCAUGUGGAUUAAAGGUGCCACAUCUAGGAUGUUAAUAUCUUUAGGAUCUGAGUGGAAAAAGGAGAAGAGCAGCUUCUCACUGAGGGGAAGCUUGAACAGAACAGUCUGGCUUAGUAUGGAAACAGCUGUAGUUCUGUCUCCACACACACACACAAGACUAGUUAGCUUACUACUUGGAUUUCAAUCUUUACAAAACUUUGACACGUGAAUGUUAAGAUAUUUUCUUUGUUCAUUGCUGUGAUAUUUAACUCAGGUAAGCAUCUUGAUGGAAAGACGGAAAAAAAAAAAAGAUGCAUUGAUCACUGGCCAGAUCCACAGUUCUGAAGGCCAGAAGAGCCACACCACCACCACCACCACCACCACCACAUUAAGUGUACUCAAUAAAAACCCGGUAGCUCAGUGUAGAACAAUUCAUAUUACAUUAACGCAUGCAAAACACAAACACAAGCACGAGCUCGUUUCCGAUGUCCUCUAACUAAAAUGUAGAGAUGUCCAGAUCCGAACCUUAAGAUAAAAGUUCAAACGUUGUAAGGUCACCUUCUAACUGCUGCGAUGACCUCUCAUUGGAAUAAGUCAAAGAGAAAAAGGGAACACGAUGUAAUUUAGUGCAUGAUGUGUAGAGUGUAGAAAUCCAUGGUUUUGUAUUUUAUGUGAAAACCAAUAAAUCAAAUGUUAUCAGUC